AUGUUGUGUGCCCAGAUCCUGGCCCUGGCAGUGGCUGUGGGGCAGUACAGAGCUGUGGCUCCUCAUGAAGCCUGCAGGACAGCAGAGGUGGCCGACCUUUUGUUCCUUGUGGGACGGUCAGAAGGCACGGGGAAGGAGAACUUCCAGCUGGUCAAGGACUUCAUCAGCAGCACGGCCAGUUCCUUUGAGAACCUGGGGAUGGGUGAGGGAGGCGUCCGGCUGGCGGUGGCACUUUAUGGAGAGCAGCCAAGGAUGAGCAUUGAGCUCACAGAUUACGUGACCCUCAAAGAACUCCUGGUGGCCAUCCAGGAUCUCUCCUUCAAAGGUGGCAGCUUAAAAACAGGGUCAGCCUUGGGGUUUGCAGCUCACACCAUCUCUCACCUGGACACGCUGCGAGAGGAUGCAGCAAAGGCAGUUGUUGUGAUCACGGAUGGGAAAUCCAGCGACUCAGUUGAAGAGGAAGCCCAGGUCCUGCAGGAUGGGGGGGUGACAGUGUUUGCUGUAGGAAUCAAGGAUGCUGACAAGGAUGAACUGAACAAAAUAGCUUCAGAGCCCACUGCAGAGCAUGUGCUCUACGUUGAAGAUUUCCACCUGCUCCACCACGUGGUCCCCAAGCUCUCCAGAAGGCUCUGCUCCACUGCCUCAGAGCCACCACCAGCCAUCAAGCAGACUGUGCAAGCACCUGUGCCUCCAGUCACUGAUUUCCGUGUGGUAGAAGAAGGACUGUCUAGCUUGAAGGUGGCUUGGACACCUCCCCUGGGCAAGCUGGAGGGCUACAAGAUCUACAUCCCCAGAUGUAACAGACCUGGCAUGACCUACGAGCAGGUUCUGCCGGGUGAUGUCUCUUCCCACGUGCUGGAGAACUUGCAGGAGGACAGAGAAUACAGCGUCAGCAUCUACGCUGUGUACCCCCAGGGGCCCAGCCAGCCCGUGGCUGCUGCGGGGAGAACAUUGAAGCUCCUGCCUGUGAGAAGCUUCUUGCUGCAGAACGAAACCACCCAUACUCUCCAGGCCAAGUGGAGCCCUGUCCAUGGAGCAACAGGCUACAGGCUCACUUGGACAUCAGCAGAGGGCAACAUCCAGGACGUGACCCUCAGCAACACCUACAGCUACUACCUGAUCCAGGGGCUGCAGCCUGGCACGGAGCACGUGGUCACCAUCAGCCCCAUCUUUGGAGAUGCUGAGGGGCCAGUGGUGAGCAGUAAAGCAACAACAGUGGCAUCAAGCACCGUGCAGAUGCUGAAAGUGAGUGAGAUAUCCAGCAACAGUGCUCUGGUCUCCUGGGACUCAGUUGUUGGGGCCACCGGGUACCGAGUGGCUUGGGGUCCUACACCAGGUUCUGAUCUUUCCCAGGAACUCUUACCAGCAGCUGCUAGAUCAUAUCGAGUGACAGGACUGAGUGCCAGAGAAAAGUAUGUGUUUUCUGUAAGGCCAAUCUUUGGAGACAUGGAAGGACCAGAGACAACACUCCUUGGGCAAACAGUGGGACCUCUCAGAGGUUCACCUGGACCAAGCUCUCCACUGACUUCUGCAAAACUGGAUGUGAUGGGAUCCUCAUCCAUACCUCCCAGCACUGUGGGGACCACUCCUCUUCCACUGGCCACCACCACAAGGCUACCAGCAACCCCAGACACCCCACUGUUGACCACUGUGGUGUCUGCACUGAUGACAACUCCCCCUGGGCCAAUCUGUGGCAAGUUCAAAGCAGACAUUGGCUUCCUGGUGGACGAGUCCUCAAGUAUUGGCCAGAGCAAUUUCAAGAAAGUGAAGGAUUUCCUCUUCCGGAUUGUUUCCUAUUUCCCCAGGAUCGGGCCUGAGGGGACACAGGUUGCUGUUGCUCAGUACAGUGAGGAGCCCAGGGCAGCUUUCCACUUCAACCAGCACCGGGACCGCAACAGUGCCCUGCAAGCCAUCAAGGGACUCUCCUAUGUUGGAGGCAACACCAAAACAGGUCGUGGUUUGACCUACAUGCUCCAGGAGGUGUUUCAGUCUGCCAGAGGGAUGAGACCAGAUUUCCCUCGUGUCCUGGUCCUCAUGACUGAUGGGAGGUCCCAGGAUGAUGUGGUGCCACCAGCCAGAGUAGCCCAUGGUUUGGGGAUCCACGUCAUUGCUGUGGGUGUCUCAGGAGCUGACCCUGUUGAGCUCAACAACAUCUUGCUGCAGCAGAACCUCCAGAACGUUUUCUACGUCAGCACAUUUGAUGACUUCCCUCAGAUCCUCCAAGAGCUGAUAGAAGUAAUUUGUUCUGCCCCUCAGGCUUCAGAGGCCCAACUACCACCAGGGGAGUUUGCCAGAUAUGAAGCCAAGAAGAAAUUGUCAUCUGGUGACAUGGAGAGCAAGACACAGGUCCCUGAUCUACCACCAGCUGAACCACAUCUCCAAAAAGAAGAGGAGGUUUGUGGUCCCUGGUGUUUAAAGAGCUUCAGGGGCUCACCAGCUCAUGGAGGCUACAACCCAUACAGCCUUCCUAUGAAGGGAGAGAAAGGAGAGAGGGGUCUACCUGGAAAGGAUGGCAUUCCUGGGCUGCCUGGCAGACCAGGCAGGACGGGUCCUCCUGGUCCUCCUGGACUUAUGGGUCUCCCUGGCAUCCAAGGGGAUAUUGGAUCUCCUGGCUAUCCUGGACCAGUGGGGCCAAAAGGAGAAAGAGGUGAACCAGGCUAUGUCCUGGGAGGAGUGGAGGUGAUUCCUGGUCGAAAUGGGCAGCCUGGCCCCCCUGGACAGAAGGGGCAGCCAGGAGUUCCUGGUGUAGCAGGAGCACCAGGUUUACCAGGACCACAGGGGCCACCAGGCAUCUCCAUCAAGGGUGAACCAGGAGAUUCUGGCAUCAGGGGUCCCCGUGGGAGGAACGGCCCCAAGGGUGACAGAGGAGGCGCGGGAGAGCCGGGACUCCCGGGACCUCCAGGGCAGAAGGGAGACCAGGUUUUGGGUCCUCCAGGCAAGAAAGGUGUCAGGGGAGAUAUUGGACCAACAGGGGCCCAGGGCCCACGAGGAGACAAGGGGAUACAAGGAGACAAAGGAGAGAAGGGAAGUCCAGGUUUCGGCAUUCCUGGUCAACCUGGGCUCAAGGGAGACCCAGGAGACAGGGGAAACGUAGGCUUGUCUGGCAAACCAGGACAGAAGGGAGAACCAGGGAAGAAAGGCACCUCUGGGACUAAGGGAGAAGCUGGUGUCCCUGGAGAAGCAGGAGAGAGAGGAAUCAGGGGUCCACCUGGUCUCCCAGGACGGCCUGGAAAGCAGGGGAUGAAAGGAGAUAAAGGACAACCUGGAAAGGAUGGAAUCCCUGGAGAGAAGGGACACAAGGGAGAAUCUGGUGAGCCUGGGCUGCCUGGGACUCCUGGAAGCUUCAUGCCUUCUCUGGAGAACACCAUCACCCUGAAAGGUGACAAGGGGGACUGUGGAAAGGAUGGCUUGAAAGGAGAAAGAGGUCCUCCAGGCCCAAAGGGAGAACCUGGUCCACCAGGCAGAGGAGUGGAAAUGAAGGAUCUGGAGAGGCUCUUUGAAGAAAAUGGAAUCAAGCUGGCCCUGCUGAAGGACCUCUCCAACGUGCUCCUGCAGCUGGACGGGCUGGUGCAGCAGCUGGGUGGCUCCAGGACAAGCAAGACCUCCAGGAGAAAGCAGGAUUCACUGGUGUUUGAUACUUCUCAUGAUGCCCUGGCCAGCCCUGAGGUGACAGAAGAAGCACAAAGCCUGGAGAUAGAGGAUCAGUUUGGUGCCCCCAUGUCUGGAGAACUCCCUAAGGGUGCAUCUGCCAGUGGUUCUGAACCUGAGUACGAGCCCCUAGGAAACCCUCCUGAGCCCCUGGAGGAAACAUCUGAGGAAGGAAAGAAGGAGACAGACUCAAGAGAGACAAACACUUCUCUCAGUGCCUUGGCUGUGCCCCCUCUACACCCAGAAGAUGAUCUGCAAGGAAACCAGUCCAUGGAGCUUCUUGAGUCCUUGGAAGACAGGGUGGAAGGACAACCACAGCAGGACACCAACCAUGAAGAUGGGAAUUCAGAGGAUGGAUCUGCACUCCCAAGGCACCUCAGAGCCAGGAGAUCUGCUGAGCAGAAGAGACACGUGGUUCAUGCCCCUGGUGCUCCAGGAGCUUGGAAAUUCCCAUCUGGAUCCACGGCAUACCCAGGCCCCCACCACCCAAGGAGAAUUAAGAAAGAGGAAACUGGCCCAGCAGAUCCACCCUCCCAUGGCCAAAAGGGAGAAAUGGGAGCUCCAGGAGUCCGUGGAGACAAAGGAGAAAAGGGGCAGCCUGGGGAGAUGGGGGAACCUGGAGAAAAGGGCACCAAAGGAGACAGAGGUGAAAAUGGCCAAAAGGGAGAACCAGGAAUUGGGUUCAGAGGUCCUGUUGGUCAGGCUGGGCCACCUGGUUACAAGGGUGAACCAGGGGCCCCAGGACCUCCAGGAGCUCAGGGCAUCCAGGGCAUUCGUGGCAUUGCUGGCACCCCUGGGUCACAGGGGGACAGAGGAGCUCCAGGUGUGCCUGGGAUGCCAGGACAGAAGGGGGAGCGUGGGAAGAGAGGACGGAACGGACCUUCUGGGCCAGCAGGACCAGCAGGAUCCCCAGGAAAAGAGGGGGUUCCUGGGACACCUGGACCCAAGGGCAACAAGGGAGAAAUCGGUGUUGGAGCAGCUGGUCCAAGAGGUCCACGUGGACUCCCUGGCCCUCAGGGUGACGAGGGCAUCACGGGUGCCCGGGGUCCCUCUGGCCUGAUGGGUCUAAAAGGCUUCCCAGGUGUGAAAGGUGAAAGAGGUGACCGGGGACUUCUGGGACCCAAGGGAGAGAGAGGUGAGCCCACCACGAUUUUUGGACCCCAGGGCUACAAAGGCAGUAAAGGAGAUCCCGGUGAACGGGGCCUGGAAGGUUUUGAUGGAGACAAAGGAGAGAAGGGAGAGGAUGGUCCUGUAGGAGAAAAGGGCAUCAAAGGUGAAGCUGGCUCCAAGGGAGUGAUGGGGCUUUUUGGAACCAGAGGACCAGUGGGACAGAAGGGGGAGCCAGGAGAACCAGGCUUGCCAGGCUCUGCUGGUGUGCCUGGCAUCGAUGGGAAGAAUGGCAACAAGGGAGCCAAAGGGGACAGAGGACUUCAGGGGCAGAAGGGGAAGGCGGGAGAGAAAGGUGAUCCUGGGACCACUGGUGACAUUGGGCAGAAAGGAUCAAAGGGCUUACGAGGGCUCCCAGGACGUGCUGGUGCCCCUGGAGCUGAGGGCAGCAAGGGAGAAGCUGGCAGGCCUGGAAAAGCAGGAAUCCCAGGUUUGGAUGGACGAUACGGGCCAAAGGGUGAACGUGGAGCUUCAGGGGACAAUGGUUCCUCAGGGAUUCCUGGGGAGAAAGGAGAAAAGGGGGCCAAGGGAGUUCCUGGCUUGGGAGGCUUCAAAGGACAGAUGGGAUGGCCUGGGAAGCCUGGAGAUGCUGGACCAGCUGGACCUGGAGGGCCGCGGGGUGAACCGGGGUCGCAGGGUCCACGAGGGAAAAGAGGCCGAUCUCAGCUCUGCCCCAGGGGACCCCCAGGCGUGGACGGGCCAAAAGGAGAAAUGGGUGAAAAUGGUCCAGCUGGCCAGAAAGGAGAAAAGGGAGAUCCUGGUCUUUCUGAGGAAGAGGUGAAGGAGAUGGUCAGGAGUGAAGUGAGAGGCAGAUGUGAUCGUGGAGGUGAGUUGGGAAGGAUCCUCCUGGAGAAAGGUCUGGAGGCAGCUGAAAUCAACAGGCAGCUCCAAGGGUACCUUCAGCUUCAGGAGCACACCAGGAGGGAUGGUGAAAGCCAGGAAGAAAUGCUUAACAGAACCCAGAGCAUGACCACGUUGUUGACUAUGGUGAAGCCCUUCAUGGAGCCACCUUCACCUGUUGCAGCAGCUCCCCAGGAGCAGCAGGGACGGGGUCACUCUCAGCACCAGCGCCGAGAAGCCGCCGGUCAAUUACCAGCCCCCUGCCUGCAGCCCAUGGAUGAAGGCUCCUGCCAGCACUACACCCUGCUCUGGUAUUACCACCUGGAGGCCAAGUCCUGCAGGCCCUUCCUCUUUGGGGGAUGCCGAGGGAACAGCAACCGCUUCCAAAGCAAGUGGGAAUGUGAGGAGCAGUGCAGAACCUCCCCAGGAAGGAGGUGA